AUGCUCCUCCGCCGCUCGGUGUACAGAAACCUAGCUUCCCUCUCCCAGCAGCGAAGCACUCCUCUCGUCGUCGUUAGUGCCACCUCUCCCCUCUCUUCUCGAGCUCGCACUUUCUCUACGGCUCGUCCGAACGUCGCCUCCUCCGCUUCACCCCUUCGGAUCGCCUCCGCUUUCCCGUCAAGCCGCAUCGGAACGAUUCGUCCUCUCGUAACCGACGCAAUGGCCUCGCUCGCAACCACGCCAGGCGGCGCCAAGCUCAUCGAUGGUACCGCCCUCGCAAAGCAGGUGCGUGCCCGCGUCGCUGAGCGCAUCGCGGAGCUCAAGCAGCAGUACACCUCCUUCCAGCCUCACCUCUGCAUCAUGCAGGUCGGCUCCAUGAGCGCCUCCUCCACCUACAUCAGAAUGAAGAAGCUCGCCGCCGAGGAGUGCGGUAUGCGAUACACCCACGUCCAGCUUCCCGAAGGCGCCAGCGAGGCAGAGAUCAUCAAGCGUGUCGGCGAGCUCAACGAAGACAUCAGCGUCGACGGCAUCCUCGUUCAGCUUCCUCUUGGCGACCACAUCAACUCGGAUGCGGAGCGACGCGUCACCGAAGCCAUCAGCCCGGAGAAGGACGUAGACGGCUUCCACGCUCUCAACAUUGGUCAUCUUUCGUCCAAGGCUUGUAACCCGCUCUUCUUCCCUUGCACCCCCGCUGGCUGCAUCAAGCUCCUCGAAAACGCCGGCAUCACCAACAUGGCCGGUCUCCGUGCGGUUGUGAUCGGACGAAGCGACAUUGUCGGAAACCCUGUCGCUUCGCUCCUUCGCAGCAGGGACUGCACCGUCACCCAGGUUCACAGCAAGACCGCCGAUCUUCAGUCUCACCUUGCUCAGGCCGACAUCGUCAUCGCUGCUAUGGGCAAGGCCCACUUUAUCAAGGGCGAUUGGAUCAAGAAGGGCGCCGUCGUCAUUGACGUUGGCACCAACUUUGUCGACGAUGCAACCAAAAAGUCGGGCUACCGUCUCGUCGGCGAUGUUGACUUCGAGGCCGCUUCCAAGGUCGCUUCUGCCAUCACUCCUGUUCCUGGUGGAGUCGGUCCCAUGACCGUUGCUAUGCUCAUGGAGAACGUCCUGAUCAGCGCUGAGCGCAGCCUCGCCGACGGCCGUGCCCUCGGCAUUGGUCGUGGCGUCGUUCGUCCCAACCCCAUCACGCCCCUCGCCAAGGUGCCCUCUGACAUCGAGGUCGCCCGUUCGCAGACUCCCAAGCCCAUCACUCAGAUCGCCCGUGAGAUUGGUCUCAUCUCAUCCGAGCUCGAGCCUUACGGAUCCGUCAAGGCCAAAGUCGACCUCUCCGUCCUCAAGCGUCUGGCACACCGCACCAACGGCAAGUACAUCGUCGUCGCCGGUAUCACUCCCACUCCUCUCGGCGAGGGCAAGUCGACCACCACCAUCGGUCUCGCUCAGGCUCUCGGUGCUCAUCUCGGCAAGUCGGCGUUCGCCUGCGUUCGUCAACCCUCCCAGGGCCCUACUUUCGGUAUCAAGGGUGGUGCUGCCGGUGGAGGCUACUCGCAGGUCAUCCCUAUGGAGGAGUUCAACCUCCACUUGACCGGCGACAACCACGCCGUUCAAGCCGCCAACAACCUUCUCGCCGCUGCCAUCGACACCCGAAUGUUCCACGAAGCCACCCAGAAGGACGCUGCACUCUUCGACCGUCUCUGCCCCAAGAAGAAGGGCGUUCGCACCUUCGCACCCAUCAUGUUCCGCAGGCUCAAGAAGCUGGGUAUCGACAAGACCAACCCUGACGACCUGACCGACGAGGAGAAGUCGCGCUUCGCACGUCUCGAUCUCGACCCUGAGUUGGUCACCUGGAGACGUGUGACGGAUACGAACGACAGGUACCUACGUGACAUUACGGUGGGUCAGGCCGCUACGGAGAAGGGUAUCACGAGGAGAACUGGUUAUGAUAUCGCGGUGGCGUCGGAGUGCAUGGCUGUGCUUGCGCUCAGUCGUGACCUGAAGGACAUGCGUGAGAGGUUGGGAAGGAUGGUUGUGGGUACCAGCCGUGCAGGUGAUCCCGUCACCGCGGACGACAUCGGUGUCGGUGGAGCGCUCGCGAUCCUCAUGAAGGAUGCGAUCAAGCCCAACUUGAUGCAGACGCUCGAGGGAACUCCGGUGUUUGUUCACGCCGGACCUUUCGCCAACAUCGCGCACGGAAACUCGUCCAUCCUUGCCGAUGCUAUCGCGCUCAAGCUGGCCGGUGUCGAAGAUGGAGAGCCUGCCGAGAGAACCGGUUACGUGAUCACCGAAGCCGGGUUCGGUGCGGAUAUCGGUAUGGAGAAAUUCUGCAACAUCAAGUGUCGUGAAUCGGGUCUUGUACCCGAUGCGGCGGUCAUCGUGGCCACCGUUCGUGCGCUCAAGACGCACGGUGGUGGACCGGAGGUCACACCUGGCAAGCCUCUGUCCGAGGUGUACCUGGAGGAGAACCUCGAGAUCUUGGAGAAAGGUUGUGUCAACCUCGCCAAGCACAUCGCCAACGCCAAGAAGUUCGGUCUCAAGGUCAUUGUCGCCAUCAACCAGUUCACCACCGACACCCCCGCCGAGCUCGAACUCGUGCGCAAAAAGGCGCUCGAAGCAGGAGCCGACGACGCGGUCCCCGCCAACCACUGGGCGCUCGGUGGCGAAGGUGCCGUCGAACUGGCCAAAUCCGUCAUCGCCCAACUCGAAGGCACCUCGAGCCAGUUCAACUUCCUCUACGAACCCACCCUGCCCAUCACGCAGAAGAUCGAAUCCAUCGCUCGCGAGAUGUACGGCGCCGACGGAAUCGAGCUCUCCGAAGCCGCCGAAAAACAAAUCCAGGCUAUCGAAAAGAACGGUUUCGGCAACCUUAGCAUCUGCAUGGCCAAGACGCAUCUCUCGCUCUCCGCCGACCCGACCAAGAAGGGCGCACCCACGGGUUUCACCAUCCCCGUCAGAGAGGUGUACGCGAGCGUAGGCGCGGGGCUGUUGGUCGUCAUGUGCGGCGCUAUGAGCAAAAUGCCCGGUCUCAACACCAGACCCGGUUACUACGACAUGGACCUUACCGAGGACGGUGAGGUCAUCGGUCUCUCCUAG